AUGGCUGAUGCAGAAGCUCGUCGGGAUCCUGAGUCCACGGUGACUAUACUCCUCUUGGGAGAUCCAGGAUGUGGGAAGUCAACUUUUCUGUCACGCUUGAAGAAUGGCCCAAAUGGACCCAGAGGACAAAAUGCUACGACACGAGAAAAUGGUAUAGAGCUUCUGCGGGACUCUGACCAACCCCUCCUCUACGACAUCCGUUUCUCUAAGAAAUCCUUCACCCUCGAAUUAUACGACACAGCCAGUCCCAACCAACACUGGACUACUCUGAAGCCGGAUGUGGUCCUUUUAGCAUUUGAUAUUUCCAAUCGAGAAACUUUAGCGGGGCUUAAAAGCGCUAUUCAGUGGCGACAAGACAUCAUCCGGUACUUCCAGCAUGGCAUCGGCGAACGCAUCCCUGUCAUGAUGAUAGGCCUCAAAAGAGACCUGAGAGUCGACGACGAAACCCUGAUCUACCCGGAAGAGUCGUAUCGCAUUGCCCAGGAACUUCGCUGUGAUCGAUACGCAGAGUGCUCUGCUGUUACCGGUGAGCUUUUGGCAGAGACGUUUGAGGAUUUAGCGAGGCUGGCCGGAAUGACGACUACGGAAAAAGGGGGACAGACUGAGGGAGGUUGUACUGUGAUGUGA